GAAAAAAAUUCUAAGUUAUGAGAAGAAGUAAACAAGGAAAAUAAAAAUUUAGUAUACCUAGUUUGUAAAUUGUCGUUAUUGAAGAUUUUUAAACAUGUCACGGAAAAUGUUUGUAUAUGAAUUACCAUAUUCUGUUAGAAAGCCCUUGUGUAGGAUCUUGGAUGCCGGUGACAAGUGGGAAGAGUUAGGUGGUGAACAUAUGGGAUUUGAUUACACGUACCUUCAAUAUAUCCGCAGAAAAGAUUCACCCACAGAUGAGCUAUUGACUUCAUGGGGAAAUCAAAACCAUUCUGUGGAUGACCUUUUUGUUUUGCUUUCAAAAAUGCAACACUAUCGUGCCAUGAGUUUAUUUAAAGAUCUUGUUCAAGAGCAGUACCACCAUCUCUUAAGGGAAGGAGAGGAACUGAUGAAUCACCAUCAAGCAAAUAAAGCUGUUGAUAAUAGACCUAGUCUUAGGCAGAAUAGCAUUAAUACACCAGAAACUUCACAGGGAGCUGCAAGACAGUCUCGUGACCCAGUUCUUCCACAAACUUUUGAGGAUAACAAAGAUCUUGGAUUAGAUAUGGGUAAUUUGAAUUUGGGCCCUGACAGUCCUGUGAAUAAGAUCAAUAGAAAGGCGUUAAAUGAAGUCAAAAAACAAAAUACCCCCAAUCCAAGGAGAAGCCCAAAUGUAAAUCAGAAUCUUAAUGCUCAUCUUGUACCAAAUGACCAAAGUCAGACAGACCAUAACCUCAACAAUAAUCCACAACCCGAUAAGCCUACACAAGAAAGGAAACUUUCCAAUGUGUCUGUGACAAGCUCAGUAAUGGAAAGCCUCACUCCGUGUAUCAGCUAUGAAGAGCUUGAAGUAGCAACCAAUGGCUGGAACACAAAUUGCAUAUUAGGUAAAGGUGGUUUUGGCACCGUCUAUAAGGGUACCUGGAAAAACACAUUAGUUGCAAUUAAAAAGUUGGAGACACAGAGGGAUCACCAAAUUCCAAGCUCAGAUUUGAACUCCAGUCAAAUACAGUCCAUGCGUGAACUGAGAUAUUUGAACUCCCAUCGGCAUGACAACAUCUUAUCUCUGUAUGGAUAUUGUGUUACAGACAGCGUCUGUUGUUUGGUCUACCAGUAUAUGGCUAAUGGUUCUCUUGAAGACCGUCUCCUCUGCAGGAAAAACACAAGGCCACUAAAUUGGGCUCAGCGUCUCAACAUCAUGACAGGAACUGCUAGAGGUAUACAGUUUCUACAUUCUCUGGGACAAAAGCCUCUGGUUCAUGGAGAUAUCAAAAGUGCAAACAUUCUGCUGGACAACAACUUUGAGCCCAGACUAGGAGACUUUGGCCUGGCCCGAGAAGGUCCACUGCAGCAGUACACUCAUGUCAAAGUGAGCAGAGUCCAUGGGACAAGACCGUACUUACCUGAUGAGUUCCUGAGGGCUAAGCAGUUCUCUGUAAAAGUUGACACUUACAGUUUUGGAGUGGUUCUAUUUGAAGUUGCCACUGGAUUACGGGCAUAUGAUGAAAACAGGAAAGAAAAAUUUUUGAAGGACCACAUAGUAUCAUACUCAGGAGAGUUGUGCAGUCUAGCAGACCCCCAAGCGGGACUAGACUAUUGUUCGUCAGCAGCAGGGCUACUUACUGUGGGCCGCAGCUGCGUUGUAACGCGACCAAAGGACAGGCCUGACAUGAAAGUUGUUCUCAAU